AUGGCCGGAGCGUACGCCCGCGCGGCGCUCGCGCUCGCGCUCUGGUGCGCGCUGGCGGCCGCGGCGGCUGGGCAGACCGGCCAGUGGCUCCGGGCGCACGCCACGUUCUACGGCGGCGCCGACGCCUCCGGCACCAUGGGAGGCGCGUGCGGGUACGGGAACCUGUACGCGCAGGGCUACGGCACGCGCACGACGGCGCUGAGCACGGCGCUCUUUGCGGACGGCGCCGCCUGCGGGCAGUGCUACAAGCUGGUGUGCGACCGCAAGACGGACCGGACGUGGUGCAAGCCCGGGGUGUCGGUCACCGUCACGGCCACCAACUUCUGCCCGCCCAACUGGAGCAUCCCCAGCGACCGCGGCGGCUGGUGCAACCCGCCGCGGUCGCACUUCGACAUGGCGCAGCCGGCGUGGGAGAAGAUCGGCGUCUACCGCGGCGGCAUCAUCCCCGUCAUCUACCGAAGGGUGUCGUGCGUGAAGAAGGGCGGGGUGCGCUUCGCCAUCAACGGGCACGACUACUUCAACCUGGUGCUGGUGACCAACGUCGCGGGGCCGGGGUCCAUCAGGGCCAUGGACGUCAGGGGGUCCCGGUCGCCGGACUGGAUGCCCAUGGCGCGCAACUGGGGCGCCAACUGGUACUCCCUCACCUACCUCAACGGCCAGGGGCUCUCCUUCAGGGUCACCGUCACCGACGGCCAGACCAUCGUCUUCGCCAACGUCGUGCCGCCCAACUGGAGGUUCGGGCAGUCCUUCGCCAGCAACCUGCAGUUCAACCUCUGAGCAAGCAAUGCGUACGUACGUGCUGCCUCUGAUCUCGACCUCCGAUCGAUCGAUUAAGGUGUUGGGUAUAGGAUGCAGCAUAUACCUGGAUCGAUUUGGAAGACAUGCUGUGGAGAGAGAACUGGUUGCCAUAUCUGUAGGAAUUGUACUUAUUACUACCUGCUUGGAAGAAUUCGAUCAAAAGAUAUUUUUGUUGAUUGCUUGCGCUUGUAGUGUGCUGUGUGAUGUACAUAAAUAGAUUUUAUUGCUCAUUUCAUAAAGCGAUGCUCAAAUUAAUUA